GCCAGCAGCUGCAUACACGGUUGGGGCAAUCCAACAGGGUCGUUGGCCCUGUGCUGCCGUGGUCCCCUUUGGUCGGGCUGGAGGGCAGAAGACAGGACAGCCUUCAGACUCAGACUGAAAAGGAGACUACCUAAGAGGGCACUUUCCCUGCCUGACUGCAGACCUGGGAUAUUGGUCCUUUCCAGCCGUUGGGCUUGAACUGAAACUCAACUCUUCCUGGGUCUUGGGCCUGCUGACUUUUGAAUUGUAACUGACAUCAUUGGCCCUUCUGGCUCUCCGGCCUUCCACAGAUCUUGGGACUUCCAUAAUAGUGUCGUUGAAAAACUAGGCGUCAUGAUGACGGAGCGCUUUGACUGCCACCACUGUGAAGAAUCUCUCUUUGGCAAGAAGUACAUCCUGAGGGAGGAGAGCCCCUACUGCAUUGGGUGCUUUGAGGCUCUCUACGCCAGCACUUGCGAGGAGUGUGGGAAGCCCAUCGGCUGUGACUGCAAGGACUUGUCCUACAAGGACCGACACUGGCACGAGGCCUGUUUCCACUGCUCGCGGUGCAAGAGCUCGCUGGUGGACAAGCCCUUCGCUGCCAAGGAGGACCAGCUGCUCUGCAUGGACUGCUACUCCCACCAGUACUCGUCCAAGUGCCAGGAAUGCAAGGAGACCAUCAUGCCAGGUACCCGCAAGAUGGAGUACAAGGACAGCAGCUGGCACGAGACCUGCUUCAUCUGCCACCGCUGCCAGCAGCCAAUUGGCACCAAGAGCUUCAUCCCUAAGGACAACCAGAACUUCUGUGUGCCCUGCUACGAGAAACAGUAUGCCUUGCAGUGUGUUCAGUGUAAAAAGCCUAUCACCACGGGAGGCGUCACGUACCGGGAGCAGCCCUGGCACCGGGAAUGCUUUGUGUGCACGGCCUGCAAGAAGCCGCUGUCGGGGCAGCGCUUCACGUCCCGGGACGAGUUCGCCUACUGCCUGAGCUGCUUCUGUGACUUGUACGCCAAGAAGUGCGCCGGCUGCACCAACCCCAUCAGCGGACUGGGUGGCACAAAGUACAUCUCCUUUGAGGAGCGACAGUGGCACAACGACUGUUUCAACUGCAAGAAGUGCUCCCUCUCCCUGGUGGGGCGAGGCUUCCUCACAGAAAGAGACGACAUCCUGUGCCCGGACUGUGGGAAAGACAUCUGAAGUCCACACCGCUGACUGCUGGCGACACUCACGGAUUUAUGUACGCUCUCCUUCUCAGCCAGGCAGUAUUGUGUCUGGUCUCCACUGGCCGCGUUGAGACUCUCCUCUUGUGCUUUUCUCAGUGAUAUCCACGUUUGUUUAAACCCUUUAAUCCUUUGUACUAGUUCAGUCCCAGGGAAGGAGGAAACCCCUGUGUAAACCCUCGGUGGGAAGCUGGUUUUGGAGUUUUGUAAUCAAGCAAGGCAGAUCCAAGUGCAAAAAUCCUUUCGAAUGACAGCUUUGUAAAUGUAUCUUUCUUUCACUGCAUAUUUAAUUUUUAAGUGCAAUUAACAUGUCACGAACUCGAGUUUCCCAAACCACACGAGAUAAUGCAGAGUAUUUACAAGUAUGUAACUUUCUGUCACGUAAGCCCUAAAGCAAGAUUAUACAGCUUACAAUAAAGUUAUCCAGAACAAAAUGGC